AUGGGUCGCAUCCCUGUUUCCCCACCAUCGCCUGCCCGCGCCCCCCCUCUCUCCCCCUCUCUCUCCCCUCUCCUCCCUGUUUUUUCAGGCCAGGAGGCGUUGUUCCGCAACUGGUUCACCCACGUGGGCCGCAUCCCUUCUCUCGGCAACAUCGUACUCGCUUCCGUGCCUCCUCAGAUGCGCACGCCAGGCGGCCAUGUGAUCACUCGCUCCAGUGAAAGCUUGUCACCUCGAGUGGCCAGAACCACGUGCCUGCUGCUGCCGUCCCUCAUCCUCGCCUGCUUGCUGGCCGCCAAUGUCACUGUUGUCUACAGGUACAGUGCACUGUGCUCCUAG